AUGCGAAUUACACCCGUUUCUCUUUUAAAUUUUGAUUAAACCUCAGUCAGAGAUCCUAUAAUCAAUUCCCCAAGAUCAUUGGAAGCUUGUAGAAGAUAGGGAAUUCGACCUGAAUAAUUGAUAAUGAAGAGUAUAUACGAUUUGAAGAGAGAAAACAGGAAUUUAAACCUAGAUGAAGAGGCUUGGAAAACCCUGCUUUAACACGAAGAAGAUAAGAGAUAAGCAAGAGUUUAAUUAUUGGUGGGAGAGAGAGAGAACAUUAUUUAGCAAUGGAAGAAUGAUAAUGCAUAGAAAAAGCUUGAGAGGGUUGAUUUUGAAAAAGAGAGAAAGAGAAUGGAGAUGAUUUAAAAAAGAAGACAAAAAUAAAUGCAAAAGGCGGUAGAUGAAGAAAUAAAAACACAAGAAAUCUAGAAUCAAUUAAGGUAAAAGGAAAUGGAAAUGAGAUAGAAAUAAAAUGAGUAACGACAAGAAUUAGAAUAAAGAAAGAAGGAGAAAAAAGUAGAAGAAGAAUUUAGAAAAUAAUAAAUGGAAUAUCAAGACCAUUUAAGAAAAUAAAAGCUAUAUGCAGAGUAAGACAGAUUAAAAUACGAAAACACUCAUAAGAUUACACCGUAAUAGAGAAUAGAAUAGGAAAAGGAACUUUAAAAGUAAAAGAAAAAAAGAGAAAAAUAAUUAAAAAAAGCACAGGAUGAAAGAGAGGAGAAAGAGAGAUAUCGGUAAUAAAUGUUAGAAUAAUUAUAUGAAGAAAAACUGUUAAAAAUGGAAUAAAGAGAAGAAAAGCGCAAGAUAUUAUUGGAAGAAGAAAAAGAACUUAGAUAAUAGUUGAUUUAGGAAAAAUAAAAUGAAGCAAAUUAUAGAAGGGAGGAGAAUAAAAGAAGGGCUUAGCAUCAAUAAAAUUAAGUGUAUUUGAAUUUUUAAUAAAAACAAUUUAAUGCUGAAUAGAAGUUGAUUGCCAAGUAGUAAGAAAUUGAGAUGAUGAAUAAGGAAUAAGAUAUGAAAAGAGAUUUAUAAAGGUAGAAACGAUAGCAGAUUCAACAAAAGAAUUUAGUGUAAUAAGAAAAGAGAAGAGAUGAUUUGAUUUUCAAAUUUAAGGAAAUCGAGGAUAGAUUUAAAAUUAAUGAAAUGGAUAGAGAAUUAACAUUGCAUCAAAAAAGAUAACUUUAAUAGGAGAGAGAGCAUUAUAGAUAAUAAUUAUUAUUAAAAAAUGAUUAGGAAUUAUACAAAAAAUGUGAAAAGAUCAAUAUGGAAAGAGAAGCAAAGGAAUUAUAAGCACUCAAAGUGUUGAAGGAGCGAGAUGAUAUGAUUAAGGAGAAACACCUUAAGGAUGUGCUGAAAAAAUAAGAAUAAGAAGAAACAUAGGAAAGAAUGACCAGGAUAAGAGAUUAUGAGAGGGAGAAAUUGUAGAAGGAACUUGAAGAGAAAUCUAAGAGAAGAGAUUAAAUAAUUAAGGAGAAAAUGGCUUCAGAGAAAAAGAAGUAAGAGUAUAAGAAAGCCCAAAUCAUAGAAAAAGAAUAACUUUAAAAAGAUAUAGCAGAAUUAUUAAAAGAACAUCAAUAAUAAGACCCUAAACCAGUAAUGAUAAAACCGAAAAGGAGACCUGAGAGUGCCCCCUAAAAAAAUAAAGGAUUCUAGGAAAAAUAACAAUAACAAAAGAUUAAGCCUGUUGCCAUUGAUAUUUAGACUAAGGAGAAUCAAAUAUAAGAACUGAAAAUAAAGUAAAACCAAGAAUUACUUAAUCUAUUGUAAGAGGAGGAAAAUAAAGAGUUAGACAGGCAGAAAUUAUUGAGAUAGGUUGAUGAUCCGAUUGAAAGAAUGAGACUGGAAAGAAUAUUAGAGUUUGAAAGAGCUUUAACUCAAGAUAGGCUUGCACAAUUAGACAAUAAGCAUCAGAAAGAAUUAGAAUAAUUUGAAUGA